UUGGGAAAUACGCUGUGCAUCGAUAAGAUUACACGAAAAUCUAUAAAACGAUUACCAACGUUCCCGUCGAAGCUAGUGCAGUCCUAUCGGAAAAUGAAACCCAUCGCUGCGUUAACGUUGCUUAUCUAUUUCUUGGCAGUUGGUCACUGCCAGGAUCCGGAAGAACCAGAACCAUGGAAAGGGUAUACCGAUCCCGCUGAGCCGGAACCCUGGAAAGGAUUUUCGGACCCUGCUGAGCCGGAACCGUGGAAAGGGGUUUCGGAUCCUGCUGAACCGGAACCAUGGGCACUAAUUCCCGAUGGCGCCGGUCGCAUGCAUAUGGUCAACAUCAACCCCGUCAAGGUUCCAGAGGGUGAAGAUGAAGUCGAACCAUUGUUCAACCCGGAGUCUGACGUUAUCUUCCGACUGUUCACCAGACGUAAUCCACUUCAUCCGCAAUUGAUUAGAUGGGACGACCCUUCUUCGAUCUCCAAUUCGAACUUCGAUCCUGCUAAUCCGACUCGAUUCCUCAUUCACGGUUGGACCGAAGGCGAAGACGCCACAUUGUUCUGGGUCAUCAAGGAUCACUACAUGCGCGUCGGAGACUUCAACGUCAUCAACGUAGAUUGGGGUGAUGGUGCUCAAACCAUCAACUACAUUGCCGCGCGUAACCGUGUCGGUGGAGUAGGAAUGAUCGUAUCUAGGGUGAUCGAUGUUGUUCGCGCUACUACUGGCCAGUCUCUAGAUAUGAUCAACGUCAUUGGAUUCAGUUUGGGAGGUCAUGCUGCCGGAAAUGCUGGCAAGGGACAGAACGGACAGCUUAACUCUGUGAUUGCCUUGGAUCCUGCUGGUCCAUUGUUUUCCACGGGUCAGGCUGAUAUCCUGACCGCAAGUGAUGCAGUCUAUACGGAGGCUAUCUACACUAACGCAGGAAAUCUCGCAUUCGAUGCUCCUCUGGCUCAGGCUAAUUUCUAUCCGAACUAUGGACGAUCGCAACCGGGUUGUAUCACUUCCAUCUGCGCCCAUAACCGUGUUAACGAGUUGUUCGCCGAAUCAGUGUCCACAGCUAAUCACUUUAUCGCUAUGCAGUGCGCUGACUACAGUGAAAUUCUGAACGGAGGGUGCUCAUCCGUUGGACCGUAUGCCAAGAUGGGAGGCGAGCCUUCGAAUCGAGGACUCGGAGUCAGUGGUGUGUACUAUCUGCGAACGAACGCGCAAUCGCCGUUCGCCAGAGGCUAGGGAGAAAUGACGAAUUCGAACUGAUGGUUUGUGGACGAAGUUAGAGUAAGGCUAACAGAGUAUUUACUUGAGCUAAAAGGGUUAAAAUGUGAUAUUUUUCUGUUCCUUUCGUGUUAUAAAACCAUAUACAUACAAACAGACGUAACAUUCAAAAAAUUCACAAAUUUAUCAGAAAAUCUUUAAUGCUGAGUUGAAAAGAGACUAAUCGCUUUUCAAAUAAGACCAACUCGGUCACUGAGUAGAAACAUGUUGGAUGCAUCAACCAGAAGUAGAAACCUUUCAGAAUGUAAAUCAACCGGCGCAUUGGUGUACAUUAAAAUACAAAUUAAAGUGUUACGUCUGUUUGUGAUACAACCA